AUAGAAUUUUACUUAAAGAUAUAUUUAUAAAGCUUCACAAUUUGUUAUUAAAAUGUGAUCAACUACACUAUCAAACUUCACUCUAUCCAGUUGGUCAUUUUGAUCUUGAUAGAUCAAAGUUACCUAAAAUAUCUUUUAUGAAAUCACUUGAAGAUAGCAUUAUUUGUCACAAAAAUAAAGAUCAUGAAACUGCAUGA